AUGGACACCAGUGAAACCCUGCCAGAAUCUGUUCCAUCUGCUCCAGGGACACUACCCCAUUUCAUGCAAGAACCUGAUGAUGCGUAUAUAAUUAAAAGCAACCCAAUUGUGCUGCGCUGCAGAGCCAUGCCAGCAAUGCAGAUCUUCUUUAAAUGCAAUGGAGAGUGGGUUCACCAAAAUGAGCAUGUCUCGGAGGAGAUCAUGGACAAAAUCACAGGCUUGAUGAUUCGGGAAGCAUACAUCAAUGUGACAAGGCAACAAGUGGAGGACUUUCAUGGACCUGAAGACUACUGGUGCCAGUGUGUUGCCUGGAGCCUCCUAGGAACUUCCAAAAGUCGGAAGGCUUCAGUUCGCAUUGCCUAUUUACGCAAAAACUUUGAACAAGACCCCCAGGGCAAGGAAGUCCCAAUUGAAGGAAUGAUUGUGCUGCAUUGUCGGCCACCAGAGGGAGUUCCUUCAGCAGAGGUGGAGUGGCUUAAGAAUGAAGAACCAGUCAAUGCUGAACAGGAUGAAAAUAUUGAUACCCGAGCAGAUCAUAAUCUAAUUAUCCGUCAAGCCCGUCUGUCUGACUCCGGGAACUACACUUGCAUGGCAUCCAACAUUGUUGCCAAAAGAAGAAGCCUCUCAGCCACAGUCGUGGUGUAUGUGAACGGAGGCUGGUCUUCUUGGACGGCUUGGUCGAACUGCAAUGCCCAGUGUGGCAGAGGAAUGCAAAAGAGAUCCCGCACAUGUACCAAUCCUGCUCCCCUCAAUGGUGGUGCUUUCUGCGAAGGAAUGUCGGUACAGAAAAUUACCUGCACAUCAUUGUGUCCCAUGGAUGGUGCCUGGGGUGUGUGGAGUGAAUGGUCCAUCUGCAGCCCUGAGUGUGAGCACUUGAGGAUCCGGGAAUGCACUUCUCCACCUCCACGGAAUGGUGGGAAAUUCUGUGAAGGUCCAAACCAAGAAUCAGAGAACUGUACAGAAGGCCUUUGCAUCCAAGGUAAAAAACCUCUUCAUGAAAUAAAACCCCAAAACAUUGAGAAUGCAACAGAUAUAGCCCUGUACUCAGGCCUUGGGCCCGUCAUCGCCGUUGCGGUCAUUGUUAUUGGGGUGACUCUCUACAGGAGGAGCCAAAGUGAAUAUGGUGUGGAUGUGAUUGACUCCUCAGCUCUGACAGGAGGCUUCCAGACAUUUAAUUUUAAAACUGUCCGGCAAGGUAACUCCUUGCUUUUGAACUCAUCCAUGCAGCCUGACCUGACUGUCAGUAGAACCUACAGUGGACCCAUAUGCCUUCAAGAUCCCAUUGACAGGAGCUGAUGAACAGAAUCCUCCCUCUUCAACCCUUUGUCUGAUAUCAAAGUCAAAGUUCAGAGUUCAUUUAUGGUGUCCUUGGGUGUGACAGAACAUUCGGGUAUCACAGGAAAACUCAUUCUGGGACAUUUCCACAUGAAACAACAACAAACCUUCAAUCCUGUGCAUGUGAAGAACAAAACGGCCUACAUCCAGAAUCUCUCGCCCCUUUCAAAGCAUGAGAUGAGAGCUACCAGUGUAUUUGGUCAUCUGGGAGGACGUUUAGGAAUUCCCAACACAGGAGUUAGCCUACUAAUUCCUCAUGGGGCUAUCCCUGAAGAAACAUCUUGGGAGAUCUACCUUGCAAUCAACCAUGAUGAAUCCAGCCUUCAGCUGGAGGGCAGUGAAAUCCUCCUAGGUCCAGAAGAAGUAACUUGUGGUCCUAUAGAAGUGAUGGUCUCCACUCCAUUUGCCUUGACAAUCCCACAUUGUGCAGAUGUGAACUCUGAGCAUUGGAAUAUUCAUUUGAAAAAAAGAAAGCAUCCAGGCAAAUGGGAGGAAGUGAUGUCUGUAGAGGAAGAAACCACUUCUUGUUACUGCCUCUUGGACCCAUAUGCUUGUCAUAUCCUUUUGGACUCCUUUGGAACUUAUGCUCUCAUUGGGGAGCCACUGUCUGAUUGUUCUGUUAAAGAACUGAAAGUAGCUGUCUUUGGCUGUAUGUCCUGCAACUCUUUGGAUUACAGUCUAAGAGUGUACUGUGUUGACAACACUCCCUGUGCAUUUCAGGAUGUGAUUUCAGGUGAAGACACCAGGGAGGACAAUUGCUGGGAAGAACCAAAACUGCUGCAUUUCAAAGGAAAUACCUUCAGCCUUCAGAUUUCUGUUCUUGAUAUUCCCCCUUUUCUCUGGAGAAUUAAACCAUUCACAGCAUGUCAGGAAGUUCCUUUUUCUCGUGUGUGGUGCAACAACAAGCAACCACUUCACUGUGCCUUUUCCCUGGAGCGCUACACUCCUGCCACCACACAACUCUCAUGCAAAAUAUGUGUCAGACAAGUCAAAGGCCAUGAACAGAUCCUACAGAUUCAGACAUCAAUUCUAGAGAAUGAAAGAGAAACUAUCACUUUUUUUUCACAUGAUGACAUCAACUUUCCUGUUCAGAUGGGCCCACAAGUUAAGAUACCUUACUCUAUCAGGCAAAGAAUAUGUGCAACUUUUGACACUCCCAGUGCCAAAGGCAAAGACUGGCAGAUGUUAGCACAAAAAAAUAGUAUCAACAGGAAUUUGUCUUAUUUUGCUACACGUCACAGCCCCUCUGCAGUCAUUUUGGACUUAUGGGAAGCCAGACACCAGCACGAUGGUGACUUAGACUCUCUAGCCUGUGCUCUGGAAGAAAUAGGAAGGACACAAUCCCAAAUUUCUAACCUUACAGAAACUCAAAUGGAGGAAUCCAACUUCAUCUACAGCAGACAAAAUGGACUUUAA